UAAAAAUUUCGACAGUAUUCCACUGAAGAAGAUGAACCUUAUUAGCCUUUGGACAGCUUCGAAAGACCUUUCUAGCUUUGGAACCACUAACUAGAUCCCUCCUUCCCAAGUCCCCAUGCAGACAAACAGGAAACGACGACGAUCUAACAACUCCCAACAUAUAUAAUAUUACCACUAUUUGAUUGAUACACGUAACAUUACACUCUCAAUUCCUUCAUUUAAAUUCUCGCUUGCAUCUCUUGAUUGCAAUCAAUCUACCAGCACUGACUGCCGCCACACUCACCGAUACCGCCGAGGCAACACUGAAGAUGUUACCCUUUAAUACAAUCGAGGAGGCUACUACAUUCCUCGGACGGAACUUGACGGUGGCCGAGACACUAUGGUUUAAUUACUCGGCUCAAAAAUCAGAUUACUAUCUUUACUGCCACAACAUUUUGUUUUUAUUCCUCAUAUUUACUUUUGUGCCUUUGCCGCUUGUUUUCGUUGAGACGAUGAGAUCUCUGGGUUUCCUUAAGUACAAGAUUCAGCCCAAAGUUAAGAUGUCCUUAUCUGAGAUGUUCAGGUGUUAUAAAGAUGUUAUGCGGAUGUUUGUUCUUCUUGUGGGUCCUUUGCAGUUAUCAUCUUAUCCUUCAAUUAAGAUGGUUGGGAUUCGAACAGGGUUGCCAUUGCCAUCAAUGUGGGAGAUACUGGCACAAUUGACGGUAUAUUUCAUGAUAGAAGAUUACACCAAUUACUGGAUUCACAGGUUCCUGCAUGGGAAAUGGGGGUAUGAGAAUAUUCACUGGGUUCACCAUGAAUACUCUGCUCCCAUUGGGUUUGCUGCACCCUACGCACAUUGGCUUGAAGUUUUGAUCCUUGGGAUUCCAACUUUUCUUGGACCAGCUAUUGUUCCAGGGCAUAUGAUCACCUUUUGGUUGUGGAUUGCUUUAAGGCAAAUUGAAGCUAUAGAGACACACAGUGGAUAUGAUUUCCCCUGGACUCCCACAAAAUAUAUCCCAUUUUACGGUGGUGCAGAUUACCAUGAUUACCACCAUUAUGUUGGACAACAAAGCCAGAGCAAUUUUGCUUCGGUGUUUACUUAUUGCGAUUAUAUCUAUGGCACUGACAAGGGCUACCGCUACCAUAAGAAGGUUCUAAGGAAGUUGAAAGUGCAAUCAAGAAUUUAUGGUACACAGAAUGGAGGCUCAUACUAUGCUUUUACUCAAGAUCUUAAAUCAGAAUAGCAAUGUCAAUCGAGUCAAGUCUCUCGAGCAACCUCUCUAAUGGUGUGUACAUCUAAUGGAAACCCAAUUUUCAAGCAUGACAAACCUUUUUAUGUGAUCUUAUGUAGUUCGAGGGAGAUAUCAUCUAUUACUAGUUAGGCUUGAUUUCUGCCCUGUGUUUAUAACCUUUUGUUUAAGCUUAAGAAACUAUGGAUGAGAAGCAUGAUGUGUUUGUCCCACAAUAAGUUUAAUAGUGAGCUAUAGAAUCUGCAAGCGUUGAUAUCUUGUAUCCUCUCAUAUCAAGGAACAGAGUAAGUAAACUUUGCAUGUGAAUUCUUCAUUCACAUUUGAUAUGAGUUUGAAAUGGAACUUGGUGUUGACAGGCAAA